AUUGUGUGUGCAUCACUGGGACGUACAAGUUAAUUACCUUCAUCCGACAGUGAAUACAUUUGUGUACCGGAUCAGUGAAAAGAUUCUGAAUGGUAGAGAUGUCAGGCACAUUCAACUAAAUAUUUGGCUGAUCGAGAUUUUUCUGUGAGCUCAAAAAUGAAGAGAAUUAUUACAGUUUUGAUAUACAUAACAGCGUGUUUAACAUCACAUUUAAUUGUAUGUGAUAAUUGUUGUCAGAUUAAUUCGCGACAAUUACCCUAUUAUAAAUUAACGAAAUCCAACGCUCGUUCGAAUCAGUUAAUACUUUCAAGGACGACGGUUCAAAAUGUGAACGAGUGUAGAAAGUUCGCUUCAAUGAAGAAAGCUUUGGCAUUUAAUUAUGGCUUAGAAAAUUAUCGUCGUGACUGGAAUAUCGGUAUUCAGAAUAUAAGUAAAGUAACGAGGAAGACAUGUCAAGCUCUUGAGUGUCCUGAGAUUUACAACUUCACUACCAUUGUGGACGAUAAAAAUUAUAAAUACUAUAGCAUGUAUCCUAGCUUUAUGCCAAUUGGUUCUAGAUUCACACUGGCCUGUGUCCCUAAAACAGGAAUAUUCGUAUACUCGAACAUUAACUUGAAUUAUAGCCAAGCACAAACAGCUUGCCAAAAAAUAAAUGCAUCACUUGCACAUAUAAUUAGCGAAGAACGUACUAAUGGACUCGCGAAACAUAUUUCGUUAAACACACCUACUUUUGUUGGACUCAGUACCCGUAAUAAUGAAAAAAUUUGGCAAAACGAAUUUGGUACACAAUUGCAAUUUUAUACAACAAAAUCCUACCUCAAUAAAAGGAAAUGUAUUAAGAGAAUCGUGAAGCACUUUUAUGUUUUAACUAUCGAGCGUGGGGAAAAGGGCAACCAUCGCAUACAAAAGGGUGUGUCAGUCUUGUACAACCAGUGAAAUUAGAACCUGAUCCUUUUUGGAAAGUUGUGCCUUGUGAUACCGAACUAACCUUUAUCUGUGAAAUUUUACCGAUAUA